UCGGCCCAUCGUCCACUAGCGGCACACAAGCGUACAAGUAUCUCCCCACUCUACCAAAAAACCCUAGAUCUGCCUGCAUUAUUGCUGCGGGAGUAAACGCUUCGUAUACAGAUCCAUAUCAAAAGGCGAUCGUUUGUUUCUUAAGCAAUGGCCCUGAUCUUUCACACUCCCUCGAAAAAUAAGAACGUAAACAAGGCCCUAAUUGCUGCAGAAUAUGUUGGUGUUGAAAUCAAAAUGGCUGAAAAUUUUCAGAUGGGUGUUUCAAACAAGACUCCUGAGUUUCUUAAGAUGAACCCUAUUGGAAAGAUUCCUGUUCUUGAGACUCCCGAGGGUCCUAUAUUUGAGAGUAAUGCAAUUGCUCGCUAUGUUGCUCAUGGAAGUUCUCUCUACGGGUCUUCCAAGAUAGAAUACGGUCAAAUCGAGCAAUGGAUCGACUUCUCUUCAUUUGAGCUUGACGCACAUAUUAGUGGAUGGUUAUAUCCAAGAUUGGGAUAUGGCACCUACAUUAAACCUGCUGAAGAGAGCUCUAUUGCUGGCUUGAAGAGAGGGUUCGAUGCUUUGAACAACUAUCUAGCUUCACACACUUUCUUGGUCGGUGACUGCGUCACUUUAGCUGACAUCAUCACAACAUGUAACUUGGUGUUGGCUUUUCAACAUUUAACGCCAAAGAGCUUCACGUCCGAGUAUCCUCAUGUGGAGAGGUACUUUUGGACCAUGAUUAACCAACCGAAUUUCAGCAAGGUGUUUGGUGAGGUCAAGCAAGCAGACGCCGUUAUACCUAUUACCUCAGCAAAGAAACCCGAGGCCAAAAAACCCGAGCCCAAGAAAGAAGUUAAGAAAGAGGAGGCACCCAAGCCUGAGGUCAAAGCUGCUGAGGAAGAAGAGGCCCCGAAACCGAAGCCGAAGAACCCCCUCGAUUUGUUACCUCCGAGUAAGAUGGUUUUGGAUGACUGGAAGCGACUUUACUCCAACACUAAGUCUAACUUCCGUGAGGUUGCGAUCAAAGGCUUUUGGGAUAUGUUUGAUGCAGAGGGUUAUUCUCUUUGGUUUUGCGAUUACAAGUACAACGAUGAGAACACUGUCUCUUUUGUAACGAUGAACAAGGUUGGUGGAUUUCUGCAGCGUAUGGAUCUAGCUCGCAAAUACGCAUUUGGAAAGAUGUUGAUCAUUGGAAACGAGCCACCAUUCAAGGUGAAGGGUUUGUGGCUAUUCCGUGGACCAGAAAUCCCAAAGUUUGUAAUGGAUGAGUGCUACGACAUGGAACUGUACGAGUGGACUAAGGUUGAUCUUUCUGACGAAGCACAAAAGGAACGGGUGAAUCAGAUGAUUGAGGAUCAUGAGCCUUUUGAGGGGGAAGCUCUUUUGGAUGCUAAGUGCUUUAAGUGAUCUUAAGUUAUAUCUUGUUGGAGGUUUUUGUUUCGGGUGUGAUUUAGAUACUUGUGAACUAUGUUUUGUGAUGUUUUAACAUACUAUAAGAAUUCCAGUUUUGAUUUUUGAA